GGUUCAUUUUUCCUUCAGGUUUCAAUUUCUCCAUCGGCUUCCAUCUCUCUCCCUCUCACUCGCUAACGUAGACGAUAUACCUGCAUGCAUAUAUAAAUAUAUAUAUAUAUAUAUAUUAUUGCUAUAUAUGCACCGAACUUUCUCUCCUUGCAGCCUCUCAUGGCGGGUCUCCACUCUGCCCUUAGACCCACCACCUCCUCUUCAUCUUCUUCUUCAUUAUCGUCGUCUUCCUUGCAGUCCUUCAGUUCUCGGCUCCUCUUGCUCCUUACACUCCUCUCGUUGACUCUUGCUUCCUUUGCCUUUAUUCUUCAAUGGCGGGGCGGACUCAACGACCCGAUUACCCGCUGGUCCCCAGACCAUAACGAGUUCCCGGGCAUGGGUGUUUCCGGCUCCGGAACCUCCCAUUCUUCUCGCUCUUCGGGCUCCGAUUGCGUGGAUCUUCUGGGUCAGAGCCGCUCACCGGUCUUCCCGUAUUUCAAGGACUGGAAGUUCGGGUACGGGUCGGAUCUGAAGCCUAAGAUAUGUAUUACAACAAGCACUUCUGCUGGUCUAGAGCAGACCUUACCUUGGAUCUUUUAUCAUAAGGUGAUUGGAGUUUCAACAUUUUUCCUUUUUGUGGAAGGGAAAGCUGCCUCCGCAAAUGUAUCUAAAGUCUUGGAAACAAUUCCAGGAGUUAAAGUUAUAUUCAGAACAAGAGAAUUAGAGGAGCAGCAAGCUAAAAGCCGGAUCUGGAAUGAGACUUGGUUGGCAAGCUUCUUCUACAAACCAUGUAAUUAUGAGUUGUUUGUGAAGCAAUCUCUAAAUAUGGAAAUGGCGAUUGUCAUGGCAAGGGAUGCCGGGAUGGAUUGGAUCAUCCAUCUUGACACUGAUGAACUAAUACAUCCAGCAGGCACUCGGGAGUAUUCUUUGAGACAAUUGCUGUCUGAUGUUCCUGGAAAUGUUGAUAUGGUUAUUUUUCCAAACUAUGAGAGCAGUGUUGAGCGAGAUGAUAUCAAGGAACCUUUCAGUGAGGUCUCGAUGUUCAAGAAGAACUAUGACCAUCUUCCAAAAGAUGUGUAUUUUGGCAACUACAAAGAAGCAACCCGUGGCAAUCCAAAUUACUUUUUGACCUACGGAAAUGGAAAAGCAGCUGCUCGAAUUCAAGAUCAUCUUCGUCCUAAUGGAGCACACAGAUGGCACAACUAUAUGAAGACCCCAAGUGAGAUCAAAUUAGACGAGGCUGCUGUUCUGCAUUACACGUACCCUAAAUUUUCUGAUUUAAGUUCAAGACGUGAUCGGUGUGGCUGCAAGCCUACAAAGGAAGAUGUUAAAAGAUGCUUCAUGCUGGAGUUUGAUAGAGCUGCAUUCAUAAUUGCUUCAACUGCAACAGAGGAGGAAAUGCUUCGCUGGUACCGUGAACGCAUCGUGUGGACUGACAAAGAACUAAAUUUGAAACUUUUGAGGAAGGGCAUAUUGGCUCGUGUUUAUGCUCCUAUGGUCAUUAUUCAAGGUCUGAGGGAAUCUGGCACUUUUCACUCUGUUAUCAUUUCAGCAAUGCAGACAAGUGUGUCGAAAGACAAUUUCUUAAAAUCCAUUGAGAGUAGUAACUCUUCUAGGGCAAUCACAUCCGAAGUGAUUACUUCAAGAAAGAUGGGUAACAGCGGAGAAUCUCAAGCGACUGCAAGAAAAUUCUUGGAAAUCGAAGAAGCUGCUUCUUACCCCUCAGCUAUCCCGCCCUUAUCUCCGCCGGGGCUGCAUGAUUUUCACAUUGACACAUAGUCUUUUCUGCCAUUCACUAAUACUACGGCCCUUUAACUCCUUGCCAAUGUCAGCUUUCCCGUUUGGAGAUUGGGAGGCAAAACAGAAUAGAGUGAGAGAAGCAGGUUUGGCUGUUCCGAGGGCACUUCAUUGUUCAGUUUCAUGGG